CGCGCAGUGUGGGACCCGAGGUGACAGAAAAGGGAAAACAUGAGAGAAGGUGUUGUCUUCUUUGAGCAGUUUCGGGCCUGAGGGUCGGCGGUGGCGCCGCACGAGUGAUCCGGCCGGUGGGCCAGGCCCUGUAUCGCGGAACCCAGAUCCCAGUAAAUAUCGCCCCCAUUUCCUAGUUCACAGGCUCCAAUGGCGGUGGCUGCGCUGAUGGAACCGGUGCAGGUUUCCAUGAACUCAGAAGUAAUUAUGGACCCUAUACAGGGGCAGGUGAACUUUGAAGACGUGGCUAUUUAUUUCUCCCAGGAGGAGUGGCAGCUUCUUGAUAAGGCUCAGAGAUGCCUGUACCGAGAUGUGAUGUUGGAGAACGUUGCACUUAUGGCUUCUCUAGGACAUGCAUCUUCCAUGUCCCAUAUAGCUGCCUCACUGGAGCUGGGCAAUGAGCCCUGCAUACCUAACUGGGUGGACAUGACUCCAGCCAUUGCCAGAGAGACUCUAGGUGGAUGUGGUCCUGGUUGUUGGCAUGGAAUGGAGGGUGAGGAGACACCUUUGGAGCAGAGCAUUUCUAUAGAAGGAGUGCCACAGAUCAGAACUCCCAAGGGAGGCCCUUCUACCCAGAAAACCCACCCCUCUGAGACAUGUGGCCUGCACUUAAAAGAUACUUUGCAAUUGGCUGAGCACCAGGAAAUAUAUCCUGGGCAAAAACCAUACAUGUAUGUGGCAUGUGGGAAGCAAUUCUGGUUCAGUCCAAAUCUUUGCCAGCACCAGAAGCAGCACUGUGGAGAUAAGCCCUAUAGAAGAGAGGAGGGUAGGGCCUUUCUAGUGAACAGCUGCCCUGUCCAAACAUCAGAGAUACCUUUUAUUACAGGGAAGUGUUGUAAGGAUUUCCCAACCAGCUCAAGCAUUUUCCAGCACCAUGCCCCUGCAAAUAAGCGGAAGCCACACACUAACACCAAGUGUGAGCAGGCGUUUCACAGUGAACAAAAGCAGUACAAGUGCAGUGAAUGUGGGAAGACCUUCAGCCGCAAGGACUCACUUGUUCAACACCAGAGAGUCCACACUGGAGAAAGGCCUUAUGAGUGUGGUGAAUGUGGGAAAACCUUCAGCCGCAAACCUAUACUUGCUCAGCACCAGAGAAUCCACACUGGAGAAAUGCCUUAUGAGUGUGGCAUAUGUGGGAAAGUUUUUAAUCAUAGCUCUAACCUUAUUGUACAUCAGAGAGUACACACUGGUGCGAAGCCUUACAAGUGCAGUGAAUGUGGGAAAGCCUACAGCCACAAAUCCACACUUGUUCAGCAUGAGAGUAUCCACACUGGAGAAAAGCCUUAUGAGUGUAGUGAAUGUGGGAAAUACUUUGGUAAUAAAUACAGACUCAUUAAACACUGGAGCAUUCACACUGGAACAAGGCCUUAUGAAUGCAUUGCAUGUGGAAAAUUUUUUAGUCAAAGCUCUGACCUUAUUGCACACCAAAGAGUUCAUAAUGGUGAAAAGCCUUAUGUGUGCAGCAACUGUGGAAAAGCCUUUAGCCACAAACAUGUACUUGUUCAGCACAAUAGGAUUCACACUGGAGAAAGGCCAUAUAAGUGCAGUGAGUGUGGGAAGGCCUUCAGGCAGCGGGCCUCCCUCAUUCGUCAUUGGAAACUUCACACUGGAGAAAGGCCUUAGGAUAGCAGGGAAUAUGACAUCUCUUCAACAUAAUGGCUGACACCAGAGAGAAGCUCUGAUGAGCUUCUAUCAACCAGAUGAACCUCGUACAUUUGAACACCCACGCUGCGUAGAUUCUUGUGAGUGCCAGCUAUGGGGGAAACUUUCUGGAGCUAUGUUGCAUUUUCUACCCUGUCCAGGAUUCUUGCUGUAAUUAUAUAACUGCCUGUGCCUCUUACAGAAGCCAUCUAUCUUUGUACUGGCAGAGUCCUACAUUGUAUAAGUCAUCCCAGUGUGCUUUGAAAGGCAGAAUUCUGUGCUCCUUCUCCUUUCCCUAAAGUGACUGACUCAUCAACAGCCUGAGCACAUUGACAGUCCUUGCUCCUUCCUGCCUGUCUCCCCAUGCUCCAACCCCCACCCCCGACUGACUGCUUUAAGCAUGGAGGUGACCCAGUUUUGGCCAGGAUGAUGCGAGCUUUGUUCUUAUGGCUGCUUACAGAGAAGGUUUCCCUUUUUGGAUAUUGUUGGUCUCAUGUGGCACUUGUGAAGGAUUUG